AUUUCUGUCCAACGGGAUCAUCAUGGGUGAAUCAAGACUGCACAUUGCAAUGUACCCCUGGUUGGCAAUGGGCCACCUAACUCCAUUCCUUCACCUUGCCAACAAGCUAGCCAAGAAAGGCCACAAGAUCUCCUUCCUCCCUCCCAGGACCCAAGCCAAGCUGGAGCACUUCAACCGCCAUCCCGACCUCAUCACAUUCGUUCCGAUCACCAUCCCUCACGUGGAGGGACUCCCUCCUGAUGCAGAGACCACCUCCGACGUGCCCUACCCGCUCCACCCGCUCAUCAUGACCGCCAUGGACCACACCGAGCCCACGGUUCGCCAACUCCUUCAGACCCUGAAGCCUCAUUGUGUCUUCCAUGACUUCACUCACUGGCUGCCCGCCAUCGCACGUGACCUGGGGAUCAAGUCAGUCCAUUAUUGCAUCAUCAGCCCCGUAACUGUCAGCUACACCCUAUCUCCGGUGAGGCACCUCAGUGCUCACAAGUUAACGGAGGCCGACUACAUGGUCCCCCCAGCUGGCUACCCAAAUUCAUCAAUCAAGCUCCACCUCCACGAGGCGAGAGCCCUGAUCGCAAUAAGGUACAAGACUUACGGCAGCAAUAUCGGGUUCUCAGAUCGUAUGUUCGCUGGAUAUGUUGAGUCCGACAUACUGAGCUUUAGAUCAUGCCGAGAAAUUGAGCAGCCCUACAUUGAGUACCUGAAAAGCCAGUUUGGGAAGCCUGUUUUGCUUUCUGGACCGGUCAUACCUGAGCCAUCGACAUCUGGUCUAGAUGAGAAAUGGGUUGAGUGGCUAGGAGAUUUCAAGGAUGGCUCAGUGAUUUACUGUGCAUUCGGAAGUGAAUGCACAAUGCAGAAGGAUCAAUUCCAAGAACUACUGCUGGGUUUAGAACUUACGGGAUUGCCUUUCCUAGCAGCACUCAAGCCACCUUUCGGAACAUCAUCAAUUGAGGAAGCCUUGCCCGAGGGAUUCGAAGAAAGGGUUCAAGGACGGGGUAUAGUCCACGGCGGUUGGGUCCAACAACAGUUGAUACUUCAGCACCCAGCCAUUGGUUGCUUCAUUACGCAUUGCGGAACCAGCUCGACCAUUGAAGCACUUGUCAAUAAGUGUCAGCUAGUGCUAUUGCCACAAGUGGGCGAUCAGAUAUUCAAUGCGAGGAUGAUGGGCAACAACUUGAAGGUCGGAGUCGAAGUAGAGAAAGGCGAAGAAGAUGGGCGCCUGACUAAGGAAUCUGUGUGUAAGGCUGUGAAUACAAUGAUGGAUGAAGGAGAUGCAUACGGGAACGAAGUGAGAGAGAACCAUGCUAAGAUUAGAGAAAUUUUACUGGACAAAAAGCUUGAGUCCACUUAUAUGGAUUGUUUUGAUCAAGAGCUCCAAAAUCUGCUCCAUUGAUCCUUCAACUUUCAGCUGUCAACGUUAGAUGACCAUUAUUGCUGAACAGAAGAAGAUGAUGAGGAACACCAACCAUGGAAUUCCGUACGACAAGAAGCCCUUGUCCUAUUUAUACUGCUAAAGUUUUUUUUCUUGUUCAUCACAAAUAUAGAAUAAGAGAAAUGUCGAAAUUACAAGUUAUCAUC